AAAAUGGCGUCCUCCAUGUCUCUCAGACGUGAACUGUGUUCUUUGGCAAGGAUAUUUAGUAGUUUCUCAUAUUUGGGGCCGAGAGCUUCAGGUGCGUGUUCAGCUCACCGGAAAUGUAAUGUCAUCAGGUCCCAUCUCCCUGUAAAGUCCAGUGCUUCUUUCCACACAGCAACAGUGUUUUUAUCCACACCGUCAUCAAUAACUGUCACAGAGGAGCCAGACACACUGUUUCAGAGGGUGUCACUGUUUGUCAAAGGACAUGACCGGGCCGUGUUGGAUAGCUACGAGUUCUUUGCCACAAUGGCAGCCAAAGAACUUGGCAUCAAGAUCAACAAAGUUUAUGAACCUCCCAAGGACAUUGAGAGGCUUACACUCCUGAAGUCAGUUCACAUCUUCAAAAAACACAGGGUCCAGUAUGAGAUGAGGACACACUACCGCUGCAUUGAGCUGUCUCAUCUUACCGGCUCCACAGCACAGGUCUUCCUCGAAUAUGUCCAGAGAAACCUCCCUGAAGGUGUAGCUAUGGAAGUGCAGAAGACUGCCAUGGAGAAGGUUCCAGAUCACAUCCAUGAACCCAUGUGGAAGGAGGACCCCACAGAUGAUAAGCCCAACCAGUGAUGAUUUAGUUCUUCUCAGACAUCAGUGAUACAGUUUGUGAAAUGCAAUAUGAAAAAUGCCAUCUUUACAUACAGCUGUAAUUAAGUUUUGAAUGGCUGAUAAUACAGAUUUAGAUGACCAAUAUAAAGUCAAACACCACGGUAAAAAAUGGCAAACAAUAAGAAUAACUGUCCAUUAUAACUGUUAUUUUAUUUACUAUUGUAUUUUCAGUCUUUACUGUAAAAAACGGUGUUGAAUGGUAUUCUUUUUUUUUUGCAAUAAAUAAUCUUUUUUUUCAUUGACAACUCUA